AUGGGCGAAUCAGUGCGAUGUCUGCGUGAUUUUUUGGUUCACUUUGCUCAUUUCUGCAGGUACAGAUACAAUGAUAUGUGUUCGUUUUACCUUUGGAAGGUUCUACUCACCUGUAUGAACCAUUGUAAUGAGGAAAUAAACUGGGAAGAUCUUACUCAUGUUUUUGGGUUAAAUCAGUGGGAAAUGGGCGAUUUUGGGAAGAUCAAAUUGAGAUCUAACUGGCGUGAGUCACUCAUACCGAAAAGGAAACAUAACGAUCAUCGAGGUUCGCAGUGUUCGAAACAGUGCCAUGGCACUGAGACCGUUUACUACUGCUUUGAUUGUACAAAAAAUCCGUUGUAUGAAAUUUGUGAAGAUUGUUUUGAUGAGAGUCAGCACAUAGGCCACCGAUAUACAUCACGCGUAGUGACGCGGCCAGAGGGGAAAGUAUGCCAUUGCGGCGACAUAUCUAGCUAUAAUGAUCCCAAGAAGGCUUUUCAAUGUAGGAUACAGAGUAACAAUGCAGAUAUUGAUGUUACGAACCUACAACUGUACAACGAUAUGUGGAUUUCAACGUUCUCGCAGGUACUCGAUUUUAUUAUUGACUGUUGUUUUGCUUGGAUGGAUGGCGAUGAGAAGAUAAAACAUGAAGCUGUGGAGUCCAUACCGAUCAAAGACUCUGUAGGAAAUGUAGAAUCAUUUUCACAAAAGUAUGUUCUCGUCUUAUACCAGCAUGAAUGUAACAUACAUGUGCAAGAUGUUGCAAGGAAAAUUUCAAGGGCAUUGAAGAAGGAUAUCUCGUUUGGUACGUUCGUACUCUCACAGUUUGAUCAAGAUGAGCAUUUCACCGUUAUUGCCGAAUCAACCAAUAAGGCUUUUAUGCUACGAUUGAAGCAAGAACUUGAAUUACAAGAUAUACCGACCCAUUUGAUGAAUGAGUCCAACGUUUUUAAAAGGUACAUGAUAAGUGAACUAGUACGAUGGUUACAUCAUUUUGCCGUUCAUAACCCUUCAGUUUUAUCUGGAAAAUUGUCUCUUAGACUUGCAUACAUGGAUCAAUAUGUAUCCAACCUAUUGGCCGUGAAGCCAUUCAAAAUCAACAUUCUUGGGAAUUUCAUCGUACCACAUCAAAAGCAUAACUCAUUUCCCUGGAUCAAACCCUGGAACUUCCAAAGCAACAGUGACGAAACACAUGAUCCAAACAUCACCAAUGUCAUGCUGAUAUAUGACCAGAAAAUUAGAGAAACGGAUACCCCCAAUACAGCAUGCAGAUAUCUUCCUUUAUCAGGUUCUAGAUUUCAGUAUUUUAUCACCGAAUGUCUGACUACCUUUUCACAGUUCACGAGAAUGAGGUUGUUGGAAGUGUUUGGAAGUAUCUUUAGUGUUAGAGACGAUUCAAAAAAAUGCUUAGCGGCUCAAUAUUUGGAUGUCUAUUGUAACAUCCUAUAUCGAACAAUAGUCUCUGAUGCAAGCGGCUAUAAACUAACACUCAUGAGCACUCUUUCUCAAUAUAUCUUCCCUUCACCAUCAACUGCAAAUAUGAUUAUCAAUGCUGGCUUCAUAGAAAGAUGUCUUACUUUCAGUUAUUCAAUAAUGUCUUCGGACUCGGAAAUAGUCCCUAAUUCACCACCGAUUCCAUUGAGCUCAGAAUUCAAACUACCAGAUACGGUUAUCAAAAAUAAAAAAGCAGUUAUAUGCUUCAAAGACAUUUACCAGGCGAUGUGCACUAACACCAAACCUGCAUCAGUUUUUGCCAAUGAAUCCUUAACGAACGCAAUGCGCGAAUGUUUCUUUUCUUUCAACAAAAUAUUACCACUAAAGCGAGAAACCUCAGAACAUGUCCAGUACGAAAACUUUGAUUUUUCCUCAUUUUACUUCUUCUUCUCAUCCAUCUUAAUUAUGGUUGACGGGUUUCUAAGAAACAUAUCACUUGUAUUGGACCCCAUUAAAAGAAAACAAUUGGUGUCAACAUUGCUCACUACUUCAAUCGAUAAACACCUCUCCUCAUUGGACAAAUUUCGUCCAUCAAUACCCGGAAAUACUUCUAACACCUUCAAAACAACUGUGUGCAACGUACAGACUCGAAUUUUUAACUUCAAAGUUGGAUCAGAAACCCAGAAUUUUUUCAAUCCGAUAUCGUAUUACAUUAAAUUCAUACUUCAGUGGAGUCAAUGUGGCAGAUACGAACCCCUUCCAGAGACGCUCAAAGAUUACUUCAAUUUCAAGGAAUUUUUUAAAUCUCCAACUGAAUGUCUUUGGAUAGCAGAACAGGCCCUCUGCACUUUAGUUAUGAUAUCACAGAUUGAUGUUGGGUUUUGGGUACGCAAUGGCUCUCCAAUUCAGCAUCAAUUGAAAAUGUAUACAAAAUACAGCAUGCGUGAAUUCACUUACUUUAGUGAUUUUUUCCUCGUUCAGUUUUCAAUGUGUUAUGCGGAUCCACAUGAUUUCAUGGUUAAUUUUCUAACGCGAUGGGGACUCAAAUACUGGGCAGAAGGAAUUCCAAUAGGUGACUACCCAGAAGAGAGUUUGACAAUCGCCAUGACAGAACAAUGUUUCCUUACUUUAAUACGUUUAAUGACAGAAACUAGAGCUCUAUGUGCUUCGACUUCAGUUGAAGGUUUCGAAAGUACUAUGAAAUCAGAAAUUAUCCACUCUCUCUGUUUUCGAAAGUGCAGUUAUAGUUCAUUAGUUGAGGCAAUCCCUGAACACGUUACUAAGCAUCCUGCAUUUGACUUGUAUUUAAACCAGUACAGUGAUUACCAUGAGCCGACCGGUAAUUUCGAUACCGGUACUUACAGUUUGAAAAAACAGUACAGGAAACAGAUUGACCCGUUCUUCGUCGGGUUCUCCUCCAAUAAGCGCUACGAAGCCACCUUAUUAGUCCGUGAAAGGAUGAAAGAAACUUACGGGGUUUCUUUUAAUGACACAUUUGUACAAGCUUCAUCAAUUCAGGACCAAUUAAGGAAUACACAAUAUCAAAACCUUUACCAAAUCACUUCUACAGACAUUUUUGGCGUGUUCGUGAAGAACACAUUGGUUCAUAUUAUGAAAAUGAAGCUCGAAUCUUUACUAGGCAAAGUUCUUCACUUGAUUCAUCUUUGUGUUGUCAAUAACCUGGCAGACUUUGAACGAAUAUUUUGGCAUGAGUAUCAUCUUGACGAGUCUGAGAAUGGGUUUUAUCAUAGUAUCGGAUCUUUACUCUACAAUUUUCUAUCUUCGGAUGACUUUAACGUAGAGAAUGGUAAGAUCAGAGAGAUAUUCCGAUUUUUGAAAGAUCGGGCACCACACAUUAAUGUGGACGAUUACCUCUCAGAACAGACUCCAAAUUAUGACCCCAGAAUUUUGUUCACUGAUAUAAGUGAAUCGGAAAACGAGGAGUACAUUAAGAAGAAGAUGUUAGCAAAGUCGAGAAGAGAAAAACUUAUGCAGAAGCUAGCCAAACAACAAAAGGAAUUCAUGGAUAACAACAAUGUUUCUGCAGAGGAUAUUAGCUCACAAGGAACCAAUCUCGAUAACUCUGCUAUCGGUAUAUGUUGGACAUAUCCGGAAGAUGAUUGUGUAUUUUGCAAGAUGCCCAAAGAUUAUGAUGUUUUAUCAUACUUUGUAUUUGUCGAACGCAAUGUUGUUUCUAUCAAUUUAGCUUCGGAUGACAAAACAAAGGAUGUAGAAUUUCAACCGGUGCUUACAACUUGUGGCCACUGUGCUCAUUUCGGUUGCUUACUAUCACAUAUGAAAUCUUUGAGAAAAAGUCUAGGGCAAAUUACCAAAAAUAUAAGAGAUACAUUUGGUUUAUCCUCGUUAAAUUGCUCUUUGUGCAAUUCUUUGGUAAAUGCAUUCAUACCUCUUUUAAAAGGAACGCAGUACUGCGCUGAUUAUAAUUCUAAAAGUCUUGUCACCCGCCAUAGUUUGGCUUUGAUUACGGAGCUCAGUGGCUUGAAGUUCUCAUUACAGAAUGGCUUCACGGCUGGUUAUACUUUGUUUGCGAACACGAUUUCUAACCUUGAGUUGGUAUUACGGGAUGAAAGCAAUAAGUUUGUCAUAAACAAGUUAACUAGCAGACAAAUCACCAGCUUAAGGCUUUUGGACGAUUUGAUUAGUUUUGGCUUAGAAAAGAAAAUGAUUUCCGCCAGCGGUCCCCACUCCGAUGACAUAUUUAUGUCACUUUGUUCCUCGAUGCACAUGCUUUCCGACGACGAACAUAUACUGCAUCUUUUGAAAACGAAAUUAAUAGAGGAAUUAAGUCUGAGGAUCAAUGAAGUUGCUGCUUUAUCUUACCAAAAUGACAUUCCACGUCAAAAAAAAUCUUUCUCAAUUCCUUACAGAGAUGUUAUAUCUCAAAUUAUUAUCAGUAGGAUUCAUACUACUAGUGUCAUUAAUCAGACCGAAAUUUUGAAAGCAGAAGGUAUCUUUCGUGGAAAUGAAAUGAUAUUUAUCGAUUUUAUUAUGGUACAGUUUCUCAUCUUUCUAAGAAAGGUGUGCAUUGCCCUCCAUUCUAAGUACAUCAGUGCAGACAAAGCUGUCAUUUCUGGAAAAGGUUACAAUGAACUUGAAACCAUGAUAGACUUUUGCAACCUACCUCCCUUCAUAGAACUACUCCAGGAACUGUUUUGCAAGAAUAGUAGUGAUCCCGAAGGUUCAGGGAAAUGUAGCAUUGUCACACGAAAGCCAAAGAUUCCCGUUUCUUCUCCGUUUAUUGAUUUACCAAGAGUGAUAUCAUAUAUGUCAAAGCAGACAGAUUCCGAAAUAAACCUCAGAUUCAGUGCCUUCAAGGAAGACAUUGCCAUUUGUAUGUUUUGCGGAUUAUCUUGCAUUUUACAGAAAGUAUCUUUGUUACAUUUUUCCCGAAUUGGACAAUGCACAAAUCAUUAUUACAACGAGUGUAAAUGUAAAGCGCCAUUUGGAUGUUUCUUCAUUCUUAAAAGUAACAUCAUUUAUUUAAGUUAUGGUAGUAGGGGAUCAUUCUAUCAAACGCCAUACGUCAAUAAACACGGUGAAACUGACGAAGAUUAUAAAUUGGGCACUCCUGUCUUCUUUAAUAAAGCAAGAUACCAGCAUUUCAUUCAGGAUAUCAUGCUCUCUGGAAAAAUACCUCAUCUAAUCAAUCGAGCUAAUGACAAAACUGUUGAUGUUGGUGGUUGGGAAUCGAUGUGA